AUGGCUUCCAUUCGCGUGCUGUCGUUCGAUGCUGAGGGCCGCCCUGUGCGUUUCACCGCUUGGCUAGAUGACCUGCAGCUGUUUCUCCUGAGCGAUAGCAAGGAGCAUGUGUCGCUCUAUGACUACGCGUCUGGUGCUGCGCCUGCCCCUCCUGCCACAGCUGAGCUUAGUGUUCGUUCCCACUGGCAGACUCGUGACGCAGCUGCUCGCCUAGCCAUUCGCAGUCACCUGCCGUUAGCUGAGCUAGAGCAUUUUGGCGACUGCAAAUCCGCUAAGGCCCUCUACGACGCUGUCGUCGCUCGCUACUCCUCGCCUGCCACAGCUGAGCUUAGCCGCCUCAUGCUGCCGUACCUGUUCCCCGAUCUGUCCACCUUUACUACAGUCGCCGAUCUUAUCACCCACCUUCGCACUAGUGAUGCUCGCCUGCGUGCCGCCCUUCCCACCGAGUUCUGCGCUAAGAACCCCCCUCCACUGUACUGGACACUCCACUUCAUAGUCACCCGUCUCCCUGACACCCUCCGCUCAGUUCGAGACCACUUCCUUGCUCGCUGUCCCACUGAGCUCACAGUCGCCCUCCUAGAGGAGCACCUGCUCGCGGCCGAAAAGAGCAUUGUAGCUGUCGGUGCUGCUCGUGGCGCUCCUCGCACCCCCAUCUUUGAGGGGUGUUCUCCCUCUCCCCUCGCUCCCUCCUACGCUGCUGCUGCUGCUGUUGACUUCCUUGGUGCUGAGUCUGUUGGCGCUGCUUCUACUCCUGGUGGGAGGCGCCGCACCGGCAAGGGCAAGGGGGGCAAGGGUGGUGGUGGUGGCGCUGGGGGGGGAGGAGGUGGGGGAGGUGGGGGGGGAGGCGGUGCUGGAGGGAGCGGUGGCGGGAGCGCUGGUGGGAGUGGGGUCGGUGGUGGAGACGGGGGCGGCGGAGGGACCAGUGGCAGUAGUGGCGGCGGCGGCGGUGGCGGUGGUGGCGGUGGUGGCGGUGCCGGUCGGAGCGGUGGUAGUGGUGGCGGCGGAGGUCGGAGUGGAGGCACUGGCUCUGGCCAGAGCUCCCAGCAGCAGCAGCGUCCCCAGACGACCCAGCAGCUUCGUGAGUGGCUUGCUCAGCGUGGGACGUCGGGGGCCAGUGCCCGCUGUUCUUAUGUCAUUCGCACAGGUGACCGCAAGGGACAGACGUGUGGGAGGUUCCACACCCCGUACCGCUGCUUCUCCCGCCUUGACGACGCUUGGCGUGAGGAGAUGGGUGCGGAUGUUGAGCGCCCCCGCUGGGCUGAGCUCAUGAGGGCUGGUGUUGAUGUCUUUGCUCUUGACUAUGAUGCUAUUAUUGCUGCCAUGUAUGCAUUGACUGUUAGUGCCGAGGGAGACUGUUACCUGUGUGUGCCGCCUGACCCAGGUAUAGAGCCCGCUGCCCUGGGUACUAGUGAGUCUGCUCUCUCUGGUAUGGUGCCCCCUGUACUUGCUCCCCCCAGUGCUGUCCCGGCUGGUUUCGAGUCUGCUCUCUCAGGUACAGCACCCACAGAGACUGCUCUCUCAGUCCUUGCCCAGUCCACCACUGUCCUCCCUUGUCCGGCGGUUCCGUCUGGCUCGUUGUCGGGUUUCCACCUCCCCUCGUUCUCGACGAACCUGGUGAGCAACGCUGUCCUCCAGGAUCAGUGGGUUGACACCUUUACCCCUGGCGGACAGCGUGUGGCGAUCUGCACGUGCUCCAGGACUGGCCGUCACCUGGCUACGUUCACCCGUCGGCCGGGGUCGAGUCUCUACACACUGACCACUGCGUCUCCCCAGGUAGCUGCUGUCGGUCAGGUGUCUGCGUCAGGUCUGGUGGCCCACGCCUGUGAGUGUCGUUCCCUGUCGCACCAGACUCUUCUCUGGCACCACCGCCUGGGUCACCCCUCCUUGCCACGCCUUCGUGGCAUGCACCGUCGCCUCCUUGUGUCCGGUCUUCCCAGGUCCCUCCCUCCCCUCCCUGCCUCGCCUGCGCCGCCCUGCCUUCCUUGCGUCGAGGGGCGGCAGCGCGCCGCUCCUCACUCCUCCUCGUUCCCCCCGACAGAGGCUCCUCUGGAGACCCUCCACCUGGACGUGUGGGGCCCAGCCCGCGUUCGUGGUCAGGGCGGUGAGCGGUAUUUUUUGCUGGUUGUCGACGACUACUCGCGUUACACCACGGUCUUCCCCUUGCGCACCAAGGGUGAGGUCCCUGCUGUUCUGAUCCCUUGGAUCCGCACGGUUCGUCUCCAGCUCCGCCGCCGUUUCCGGACGGAUCUUCCUGUCCUGCGUCUGCACUCUGACAGAGGUGGUGAGUUUUCCUCCGAUCUCUUGAGGACCUUCUGUCAGGCGGAGGGCAUCGAGCAGACCUUCACGCUUCCGGACUCCCCACAGCAGAAUGGGGUUGCUGAGCGCCGCAUUGGCCUGGUCAUGGAGGUCGCUCGUACCUCCUUAGUUCAUGCGGCGGCUCCCCAUUUUCUGUGGCCGUUUGCUGUCCGGUACGCCGCGCAUCAGCUCAACCUCUGGCCCCGUGUCUCCUUGCCGGAGACCUCGCCCACACUGCGUUGGACGGGGGAGGUUGGCGAUGCGUCGCGCUUCCGGGUGUGGGGUGCUCGUGCCCUUGUCCGCGAUACGUCCGCGGACAAGCUCUCCUCCCGCACGCUUCCCUGUGUCUUCCUUGGCUUUGUCCCUGACGCGCCUGGCUGGCAGUUUUACCACCCCACCUCGCGCCGGGUCUUCGCCUCUCAGGAUGUCACCUUUGACGAGUCGGUCCCUUUUUACCGUCUCUUCCCCUACCGCACUGCCCCCCUCCCUCCCCCGCCGCUUUUCCUUGCUCCUGGUCCCCCUCCGGUAGACCCCCUUCCCCCUCAGGGUCCUGCUCCUUCAGGUGUCUCUCAGGUAGACCCUCCUCCCGUCGCUGAGCCUGUCGAGGUCACAGGUGACUCAGGUGCUGCUGCGGGUGGUGCUGCUGGGAGUGCUGAGCCUGGGGGUGCUGAGCCUGGGGGUGCUGAGCCUGGGGGUGCUGGGCCUGGGGGUGCUGGGGCUGCGGGUGCUGGAGCUGAGGGUACUGUGCCUGAGAGUUUGCCGCCUGGGGGUGCUGAGCCUGGGGGUGCUGCGACUGGGGGUGCUGAGCCUGCGGGUACUGAGCCUGCGGGUACUGAGCCUGGGGGUGCUGCUACUGAGCCUACGGAGCCUCGGGUUACUGCGUCUGGGGGUGCUCCGGUUCGGGGUGCUGAGCAGUCUCUCACACCGCAGCAGCUUCGUGACUGGUACGUCCGACGCUUUCGCCGUCCUAGUGGCUCGGCUGGAGUUGGGGGUGCUGGAGCUGCUCGUCCUGGGGGUGCUCGUACUGGGGGUACUGGAGCUGCCGGGACUGGCUGUUCUGGGAGCACUGCGACUGGAGCUGCUGGAGCUGGGGACUCUGGCGCUGGCGGUGCUAGCGGAGUUGGAGCUGCCGACUCUGGGGGUGGCGCUGCUGCUGGUGCUGCGGACCCACCUGGUGGAGCUGCUGCUGGAGCUGGGGACCCGGCCGGUGGAGCUGCUGCUGGUGCUGUGGACCCGGACGCUGGAGCUCCUACUGGUGCUGAGGACCCGGCCGCUGGAGUCCCUUCUGCUUCUGGAGACGCUGCGCGGCCGCGACCGUACUUCGUACCGCUCCUUCAGCAGGUUCUUGGGCAGGCUCCUCCUCCUUGUCCUCCUCCCUCCGUAGAGUGUCCUCCGCCUGUCCAGCCACAGUCACAGUUACCGCCUGCCUCGCCUCUCCCUGCUCCCUCUCCUUAUACUGGUCCCACAGGAGGUCUUACAGAGCGUCGUGAGCCUGAGUCUCGUCCUGCGUCGCCUGUUCGUCCUGCUCGCACUGCUAGUCGUGUCCGUCGUGAGCGUCCUCCUCCUGUCCCAGGCACUCACUACAUGACUCUGCGUCCCUCUACUGCUCCUCGGCGUGUCCCUCUACCGUCUCCUCCUGCGUCCUCUUUGCCUGACGUUCCGGACCCUGAGUCUGACCGGUAUCGCGCUGAGCACCCUACAGUCACGCGUCUCCUCGCUACUGUUGUCACUGACCCUACCUUUGAGUCCUCGGCUGCGUCUGCUCUGGUCGCUGAGUUGGUUGACUUUGCUGCUGCCUGUCGUCUAGACUACGCUGCUAGCCUUGUUGCUGAGUCAGAGUCUGCGUCUGUCUGUCCUCCGUCCGUCGGGGGUGAGUGUGCUCUUGGCACGGACGUCCUUGAGGACAGGCAGGAGGACUUUGACUCUCUUGCGGCUGCUGUACCUCAUCUCGUGGCCUGGUUGCUUGCCCCUGAGGGAGACCCGGAUGCACUAGACAUCCCCACUCCGCGCACUUACGCAGAGGCGAUCUCGGGUCCCUACUCCUCUCAGUGGCAGACAGCCAUGGACGCAGAGAUGGCAUCCUGGAAGUCCACAGGCACCUACGUCGACGAGGUUCCCCCUCCUGGGGCGAACAUCGUCGAUGGCAUGUGGAUUUUCAGGGUGAAGCGGCCGCCAGGUUCUCCGCCUGUCUUCAAGGCUCGUUACGUUGCUAGAGGCUUCAGUCAGCGUCAGGGGGUCGACUUCUUCCAGACCUUCUCCCCCACCCCGAAGAUGACCACUCUUUGGGUUCUGCUGCACGUUGCUGCUCAGCGUGACUACGAGCUUCACUCUCUUGACUUCAGCACAGCGUUCCUGCAGGGCAGCCUGCACGAGGAGAUCUGGCUGCGCCGCCCACCUGGCUUUACUGGGUCGUUUCCCCCUGGUACCCAGUGGAGUCUCCGCCGGCCAGUCUACGGUCUCCGCCAGGCGCCACGUGAGUGGCACGACACACUGAGGACUACUCUUGCGGCUCUUGGGUUCGCGCCGUCUACUGCUGACCCGUCGCUGUUUCUGCGCACAGACACGUCGCUGCCGCCGUUCUACAUUCUCGUGUACGUCGACGACUUGGUCUUUGCUACUGCUGACACUGAGGCACUCGCUCGUGUGAAGUCGGAGCUGCAGAAGAGACACACCUGCACUGACCUGGGUGAACUGCGUAGCUACCUUGGCUUGCAGAUCACCCGGGACAGAGCUCGCCGCACCAUCACCCUGACUCAGUUACACAUGGUGCAGCAGGUCCUUCAGCGCUUCGGCUUCCAGUUCUCCUCACCACAGGCCACACCUCUGGCUACCAGCCACUCGCUCUCAGCUCCACCUUCGGACGAGUCCGUAGAGCCGAGUGGCCCGUACCCAGAGCUUGUAGGCUGCCUCAUGUACUUGAUGACUUGCACGCGACCUGACCUCGCGUACCCUCUUAGCAUCCUUGCUCGUUACGUUGCGCCUGGGAGACACAGGCGAGAGCACUGGGAGGCUGCUAAGAGGGUGCUGCGUUACCUGUGCAGUACAUCAGGCAUGGGGCUGGUGCUUGGAGGACGCGACAGAGUUGUCCUCACUGGUCACUCGGACGCCUCUUGGGUGGACGACCUGGCUACGCAGCGGUCGUCACAGGGUUACACCUUCAGCCUUGGCGCAGGUUCUGUCUCGUGGCGGUCCACCCGCUCUUCCUCUGUUCUCGGCUCUAGUUGUGAGGCUGAGAUCUACGCCACAGCCAUGGCUGCACAGGAGUUACGCUGGCUCACCUACCUGCUGACUGACUUGGGAGAGCGGCCUAGUUCUCCUCCAGUUCUGUACGGUGACAACAAGGCGGCUCUUGCCUUGUGUCAGGAGCACAGAUUGGAGCACAGAACGAAGCACAUUGCUCUUCGCUACUUUCUUGCUCGAGAGCUUCAGCAGCGCGGUCAGCUUCGACUUGUGUACGUGGACUCGAAGGCCAACACUGCUGAUAUCUUCACCAAGGCGCUCCCGCCUAGUGAUCAUCAGCGGCACUGUACUUCUUUAGGCCUUGUGUCCACGUUUCCUCACUUGCUCACUGCUUGA